UACCAACUUCUAACAGUGAUGUGUAGUUCAGUUUGAAUCGAAUAGAAGAGUUCAUGAUGCAAUUUUUCAAUUAGUAUCCCCCUCGUUCAAUGUAUACGAGGUGUGCGUCAAUGAAUCAUCGAAAUUAAUUCCUUCCAUAUUUCUUCAAUGGACCACUGAGCGAACAAAAAUUUCCAUGUUAUAAUAAACUGGGGUUGAAGUCGAUUCAAUUAUUAUUUUCAUUGGCGUCAGAAUUUGUAAUAAUUCACAAGGCGAACAUCAUUUAGUGGUUUCCCCGGUACCUCACAAACUUUCACAUUUCGAUCUUGAAAUAGUUUCGGUAAUUAGACCAUUGUCAUUGCACAUUAAACCACACAUUAGAGCUCCGUACAUAUUUUUUCAAAAGGAUAACACACCGAUUGUGUAUACACAAUGUAUCAAACGAUGCAUCUUGGUUUAUUUGUGAAUUGAUAAGGUCGAUAAGAAAGUUGGCUUCCCUCGAAGUACGAGCAGCGGGCAGAAGGGCUGUGAACACAAUCGCGGGAAAUAUGGGAGAAAAACUGAUAAUUUUGCACUACAACGAUGUAUACAACGUGGAGGCGAGGCAGUCACCUGAACCCGUAGGCGGAGCUGCUAGGUUUUGUACAGCUAUCAAGAACUUCCAACAUCUCAACCCCCUCGUAUUAUUCAGUGGUGAUGCCUUCUCACCCAGCAUGCUGAGUACGUUCACGAAAGGAGAGCAAAUGGUACCAGUGCUCAACGAGAUUGGAACACACUGCGCAGUGCUGGGAAACCAUGACUUUGAUCACGGUCUUCAGGUUCUGUCCCAGUGGGUGCCCAAGUGCAAGUUUCCCUGGCUGAUGUCUAACGUGCUAGACAACGAAACCGGAAGACCACUGGGAGAAGGACGGAUAACCCACGUGGUACACUGGGCUGGCCACCAGAUAGGUCUCAUAGGCCUGGUGGAGAAAGAAUGGUUGGAAACGUUGGCAACCAUAAAUCCCGACGAGACCACUUUCUUCGAUUUUUGCGAAGCCGGCCAAAAGUUGGCGAACCAACUCAAAGAAGAGGGCUGCGACUACAUAAUAGCCCUCACCCACAUGCGAACACCAAACGACAUCAAACUCGCUGAAAACUGCGACCAGAUAGAUUUGAUCCUGGGAGGUCACGACCACGUGUUCGAGGUGCUCCACGUGAACGGAAAAUACAUAAUCAAGAGCGGCACGGACUUCAGGAACUUCAGCAAGAUCUCCGUCAAUUUCGAGAAGACCUCUUCCGGACGGCCGGAGGUGGUCAUCGAAGAGGUGCAGGUCACUUCAGCCUUUCCAGAAGAUCCAGUACUCAAGGAGAUCGUGGAGAAGUAUACGAGUGUGAUCGAGAGCAAGAUGAACGAUGUUCUGGGAUGUUUUCCUGUACCGCUGGAUGGGAGAUUUACCGCCAUUCGGACUUCGGAGUCCAACCUGGGAAAUUGGGUUUGCGACGUCGUCUUAGCCGCAACAGGUGCUGAUUUGGUUAUCCUGAAUUCUGGCACCUUCAGGUCAGACCAAGUGCAUCCGGCUGGCGAUUUCACCAUGAGAGACCUGACUAACAUCAUUCCCAUGAGGGAUCCUAUCGUAGUAUUAAAAGUAACAGGCCAGGAACUGUUGGCGGCCUUGGAAAAUGGAGUAUCCAUGUAUCCAAAGUUGGAGGGUAGGUUCCCCCAAGUGGCUGGGAUAAGCUUCGCGUUCGACCCCCGCAAACCCGUCGGACAGCGGGUGGAUCCCACCUUCGUCAGGAUAGGGGACGAGUACCUCAAAUUGGAGCAAGAGUAUAGGCUAGCCACCAAGAGCUACCUCCACAAUGGCAGGGACGGUUUCACGAUGUUCGAAAAAGCCGAAGUUCUGGUCGAUGAAGGGGAAUGUCCAGAGCUAGGUAUGGCAAUCCAGAAUCACUUCCAAGCCAUAAACAUGAGGUUGGGAAAGACAAAGAGGCAUUCAAAGCAUAGGCAAUCCUUGGUGACUUUAUCCAGAAGACACAGUUUGGUCAAACUCCUCGACGGAAACGAGCUCGAUGGUCCUUCGCCUCUCAGAAGAUCCAGCACGAUUGAAGUCAACUCAACCUCCUUACCUAAUCACACUUCCAGACUGACGAGGAGACAGUCCUUGGACGAUCUAGAGCAAGAGACUUGUCAGCUCAUUCCGAAAAUCGAUCAACGAAUCAUUGUGAUCAACAGCGAAGAGAGACGGCAAGAAUUGAUUCAUUUGCGACAGAGAAUCGAAGAGAACAGCGCGAUCAUAGAGGAAGCAGAGGAGUAUUCGAUUCAAAAUUAAACGUUAUUGGAGAGAA